UCUUUACGAAAAUCCAAACGGAUCCGUAAGAUACGGAAUAUCUGACGUCAUAGUCUAAAGUCUAUAUAUAAUAAGCUAAGAGCGCAUUGUUUCAUCAAUUCAAUUUAAUUUAGCAGAAGCCUCUCGCAAGAGGAAGUGAGGAACCAUGAAUCGUCAUAUCUGGUUGACACGGCGUUCAAGAAUCAAUAGGAAAUUGGAGGUGAAGAUUAGGGCAGGGAUUAAGCGAUUGAGGCAAGAGAUGGCAGAGAUCAGUGAGGAACAGAAAUGCAUUAGGGAGGGGAAGAGAGAAGUGAGAGAGAAGUUUGGCAAGAUCAAAGCAGACCGCGAGCAAUUUCGGAAGGAAACAAUAUCAACACAAAUGCAGAACGCUGCCAUACAAGUGUGUAUAGGUCUUAUGUUUGGCAUCGUGAAAGCGAGAGCUCAAAACAACUAUGAUUUGGCUGCUCAACUCACUCAAUCCCUCCGUGAUUUGAUGGCUAAUCAGAAUGACCAAAAUGCAUUGAAGAAUUCUGCUGCAAAAAAACUGGGUGUUACAAGGAGGACCAACUAUAUUAACUGAAAAUCAAAUCUAAAAGCCAGUACUGUCAAUCUUCUGCUUUCUUUCCUUCGUUGUCUUCUUCCGCUUGUCGAUAAGUCGUUGUGUUGCCUAUGUGACAUGUAGUAUGCGUAUCUACAUGGGUGUCUUUGUAGCUUGAUGUGUUAAAAAGUUAUGAUUUAAUAAGUUCACUUCUCUUUCAA